GCCGAGGCAACGAGAUUCCUAUCAUAAGGAUCUCAAAGUACAUCAAGGAGGCAAGGGACUUGGGGUGCAAACCAUUCGAUGGGAUGGGGGACAUCUCCAUUGCCGCGGAAUGGGUCAAGAGGUUGAACGAAGCAUCCCUUGACAUGCAACUCACUCCCGAGUUUAAGCUAAGGGUCGCGGUGAGGUUGCUGGAGGGGAUGGCGUCCACAUGGUGGGAUGGAGUCAAGGGGAAGUACGGCGAGGCCGUCACUUGGGAGAACUUCCGGCAGGAAUUCUUCGCCAAAUACUACUCCGACUAUGAGGUGAACUUGAAGAGGGGGGAGUACACUAAACUGACCCAAGGAGGCAAGUACACUGUGCGACAACUCGAACACAAGUUCCGAGAACUUGCUGCGUUCAUACCCGAGUAUGUUGUGGAUGAGAACCGAAUGGUCAGCCACUUUUGGGAUGCCUUGGACUUGGAAGUACGUGAUAGGGCAACACAAUUGCCUAACAUGACUUUCAGUCAAGUGGUUGAGCAAGGCUUGAAAGGUGAGAAACAAUGGGAAGAAAGGAAGCUGAGGAACGCCGAGGAGGCGAAGAAAAUAAAGUGGGAAAGCCACGGACCUCAAAGUUCUAACAAGAAAGGGAACCAUGGAGGAGGGGGAUCGUUUCGGGCACCCCCAUUGCCGUCCAGGGGUGGUCCAGGACCAAACAGGUAUGACUCGGGGUCACAAGCCCCGGGGACACCCCGUUGUAAAAAUUGCAAUAGGAGCCACUUGGGAAAAUGCCACGACCCUCCUAGAUGCUUUCAAUGCGGGAACACCGGGCAUAUGAAGAUGAAUUGCCCACAACUGAGUGGGGCAAGGGCAUCGGGGCUGAGUAAUAGGACUAAGGGGACCAGGAGCCAAGCAGGGGCUUCCCAAGCAACCAGGGGACAAGGGGGAGCAAGCGCGAGCAACGCGCCAUCCGUGAACCAAGGAAGGACUCAAGCUAGGGUCUAUGCGAUGACGGAGGCGGAUGCUCAAGCUAACCCGGACUCCGUUGCAGCUUUGGGGUCGAACCGGGAGGAUUUCGGGCAAUUUCGGACUGUUUUCGCC